CUGGUUUUAAAGUACACGUCCAUACAGGACUACAGGAUAGUUUUAUCUAGCGCAAAUACGAAUUAUAUAUUUUUAUAUUCCUCCACAUUAGUCAGUAAAGUGGGAAAACUCUGACAAGUCAGUUAACAUAUUUUUUUUUCAAAGAUAACACAAUAAUUUUUUUAAAUUUAAAAACAAUGGGUUAAAUAAGUUUAUAUUAGUUUUAUUUCGUAUAAAAGUCGCGUUGAAGAAACCAACAAAAAAAAAUCAUCAUGGUUUGGAUAAAAUAGUGUUUUUUUCCUGGAUAAUUAUGGAUAACUACGGAUACAAUCCCGAGGAAAACAGCAAUGGGAGACCCUUUACUAUAUCCAGAGGACUAGAUUCGGCUAACAAACAAAACAACGAAAAUGAUUUUUAUGUCGCGAUUAAUUCAAGAUUUAAACCUGUUAAAAAAGAGAUAUAUUACAAAAGGGCGACACUAAUACUAAUAUGCCUUGUCGUGUUAUUACUAAUUGGUUUGUUAGUGCUAAUAAUUUUAUAUUUGAAACCAGGAUUUAAAGGCAAUUUGUGCAUCACCAACAAAUGUAUUCGUACAGCUGCAAACCUAAAAUACUCCAUGAAUUUUUCCAUGGAUCCAUGUGAGGAUUUCUAUGAGUUUUGUUGUGGUAAAUGGUCAAUAGAACAUCCCAAUCAUGGAUGGUACACUACAUUUUCUACGUUUUCUACUAUUUCUGAAAAAAUCCUUCUUGAAUCAUUGGAAGUUCUUUCUAAAAAAGAAGUUGAAGACGAACCUUUGUCUGUAAGUCAAGCAAAAUGGUUCUAUCAGUCUUGUAUGGAUACAGAUUCUAUCGAUUCAUUAGGUCUGAAACCGUUGUACAAGUACCUAAAGGCAGUAAAUUUACCAGUACUGCCUGAUUUUUUUAAUAAUAUUUCCAACACUAAAGACAGAAAAUUUGAUUGGAUUAAAAGCGAGGUCCUCAUCAAAACAGUGUUGGCUAUGGAUUUAUUUGUUGGCUUCACUGUAGGUCCUAACAUAUUUAAGAGAGACCAAAACGUGAUAUAUGUGGGAGUUUUGUUUCAAAGUUGCCCUUUACCUAGUCCACUUAAAAAGAAACGGUACAUUCGACAACCAUGGAAAAGACAACUUCAACAAAAUUUGAACACUAUUUCUAGUCAUAGUACAAACAAAACUAGUGAUACCGAUAGUGAUGAUGAUGAUUAUGAUACGGAUGAAGCUGAAGAGACGCUUAGGAAUAUGAUACGAUCAAACAUGAUCAAACUUGUAACCAAAAGGAUUGUUGAAGAUGUUGGUGGUAAUCAACCGGAAGAUACAGUGUUGCAACGCGCUAUGGAAGUGAUAAAUAAUAUAACAGAUUUUAUAGACGAAAUAAAUGGUAACUUCACAGUUCCAGAAGGUGAGAGUGAAUACGAAAAAACUCGCAAAUAUUCUAUCCAGGAACUUCAAGAUCUCACCGAUAAUAACGUCAAAACUUCAAUGCCCAAUUUCUGGAUGGACUACAUAGGCCGGAUUUUCGAAAACACUAACGUCACUAUUGCCAGAAACGAUUCAGUGUUUAUUGUUGACGUUGAACUGGAAUACUUGUACACUAUUUUGGAGUAUGUUUCCAGUCAGCCGUCUGAGCAUUUGGAGCUGUAUAUGUGGUGGGCUACAGUGUAUUCCAUGGUGAUCAACCUUUCCUCUGAUCUAGCCGAUGAGGUACUAACUCAAGCUUCUAUGUUCUAUCAAGAGUCAAAAGAUCAGGGGAGUGUAUAUGCCAGAUCCAGAUCCAUUACUUGCUGUGAACUGGUAAAUACUUACAUGGGAUGGGCUGUGAGUUAUGUAGUGGCUGACAAAAGUUUUGCCAAUCAAACCAAGCCCAAAGUGGAAAAAAUGAUAAAUGAUAUUAAAGCUGCGUUUGUUGAUCACGUGAAAACUUUAAAAUGGAUGGAUAAGGAUACGAAAAAAGUUACUUUAGAGAAAACAGAAGAAAUGUUGAGUUUGGUUGGUUAUCCUGAUUGGUUGUUUAAAGAUGGAGCUGUUGACAGGAAAUACGAAGGGCUAGAAAUAAACUCUACUACCUAUUUGAAUAAUAUGGUUAAUACCAUAAUAAUAAGUGUUGCCCAAACUUUAACCUCUUUGAGAAUACCCAAUCCUAGAGACUGGACUACUGAAGCCAUUGUGGUCAAUGCCUAUAACAGCUUUGGGGAUAAUUCAAUAAAUGUACCCAUGGCAAUACUGAACUACCCCGUCUAUGACCUAGGAUUAGAAGUUUUAAAUUAUGGUUCCAUUGGAUCAAUAAUAGGACACGAGUUGACACAUGGAUUCGAUAACACAGGCAGAAAACAUGAUAAAUACGGCAAUUAUAUACAGUGGUGGCCAAAUAAGACUAUAGAAACUUUCGAGAAUAUGACUCAGUGUUUUAUAAACCAGUACGACAACUACACUAUAGAUGGCAUCAAAGGACACGUUAAAGGGAAAGUGACUUUGGGAGAAAACUUGGCGGAUAACGGCGGAUUAAGUCAGGCUUACACGGCUUACAAGCGUUUUCAAAAACGGAAUGGCUUAGAGCCCAAACUGCCAGGUUUCGAGAAUUACAAGGACGACCAGCUGUUUUUUAUUGCCUAUGGAAGCAUUUGGUGCGAAACCCCGACAGUUAAGGAUCUCCAAGACCAAAUUGAGUACGACGAGCAUGCUCCUAACUCACUGAGAGUUAUAGGAACACUACAGAACUCACCUGAGUUCUCUCGGGCAUUCAAUUGCCCUAAAAAAAGUUACAUGAAUCCAGAAAAAUCAAAAUGCAAAAUUUGGUAAAAAUACUUAGGUCACAAUCAAAAUGGAUUUUGAAUAAUUUUCACAAUUUGAGAAAAAAUUAAAUGAACAAUUAAUUUUAAGUAGGGUUUUUUUGUUUCAAAUGUAGAUCCUUCUUUAAGUACAAAAAGCUCAAAGUAGAGUAGGAAAAAAUUGUAUAGAAAUAGAUUUUCUAUAUCUAUAGAAUUUAACAUCAAUAUAUAAAUUAUUUUGUUUUAAAU